AUGGGUACCGAUAGCACCUCUCAUUCUUGGCCUGAGACGCUCAGGCGUUGGUACCGAGGCACGCUAUACCAGGCAGUCAUCUUGGGCAUUGUGAGCUUCAGUCAACAGGGCAUAUGGACUGCUUUAGCCAGCAUGGGCGCCGGUGGUCUGGCAACCCCUUAUUUUGUCAACGCCGCCAAUGUCAUCACGUAUGUCAUCAUGAUCAUAUUCAGCCCAAUCUUUGCCGUCCUCGGCAAUAGACUCAGCUUGAAGUGGAUUCUCGUCAUCGGCACGAUUGGAUAUCUCCCUUACUUCGGCGCACUAUACUGCAACAGCGUCUACGGAACACAGUGGUUUCUCCUUUUCGGAGCUGUGACCUGCGGCUUCUCUGCUGCUGCCCUAUGGACUUCCGAGGCAGCCAUCGCCGUUGCGUAUCCGGAAGACAAUAGACGAGGUCUGUACAUCAGCUUGUGGAUGGCAAUUGGACUUGUUGGUACUGUCAUCGGAAGCUCCAUUCAGCUGGCCCUCAAUAUUCACGACUCGCAACAAGGUAGCGUCUCAACGAAUACCUAUCUUGCCAUGAUCGGUCUUUCAUGUAUUGGACUACCGCUUUCUUUGACUAUAUCCCCCCCGAAUAAACUCAUCCGAACGGAUGGCACCAAGCCCACGUUCAGCUCUGGACAAUCCCGUAUCCCCCUGAAGGAGGGAUUUGCUGGACUGUGGAAGGCCCUCAAAUCUCGACACAUUGUCUGGCUUAUGCCAAUCUUCAUUACGGUCCGCUGGAGCUACACAUACCAAGGCAACUACCUCGCGGUUUACUUCACCGUCAGAGGUCGCGCACUGGCUGGCUUUGUCCAGACCAUGUGCGGUAUAGCUUCAACCAUUGGAUGGGGACGUUUGCUCGAUUCCCAGAAGGUAUUCAAGAGCAAGCGAAUCUUAUGCAACGUGGGAUGGUACUCUAUGCUGUUGGUAUUUGUGGUGCAAUGGAUCUUCAAUUUUUACAUGCAGGCAAACCUCCAGUCACGAAUGCCAACUCCUAUCCUCGACAUUUAUUCCCCUGAUUAUGCCAAGGCCAUCGUUGGCUAUUGUCUCUUUAGCAUUGCGGGGAAUGCCUCUGUUGUGUGGACAUACUGGAUCCUAGGGCUUUAUAACAACGAUGUCGAUACUCUCGCAUACACCAGCGGUAUCCUGCGAUCGGCCGAGAGUCUGGGUUUCGCUUGUGCAUAUGGCAUCGGGUCCAAGGAGAAUGUGUCGCUAAUGACGAACCUGGCCGUCUCGUUUGCUGUUUUUGCUGCCAGUGUCCCCUUCACCUGUUAUGUGGCUUGGAAGAGUGCUGCUCUAGAGGGUAAAGACGAUGAGAUCCAAGACCAGGAACGGUCCGAUGGUUCAUCAAGCCCAGUGGCUGAAAGUUCUGACAAGUCGCCGGCUAUUAUUACGGCUAGCGUAUGA